AUGUCCUCCCCUUCUCCCUCGUUCAGCACCCUCUCCGAUAAUGUCGUCGUCGUCCGCUCUGGGAGGCGCCCCGACAAAGGGAUAUUCGUCUUCUAUGUGGCGGAUUACCGAAUAGGAGGGGUCGUAACUAUAGACGGCGCUCGCAUCAUGAGGCCUGGACGCCUCGUCUUCAUCCCUCUCCCUGGCGGUCGUUAUGCCUUCUUCUGCUGCGGGCCUCGCGAGGUGCGAGGAAGGCCGAUCGGCUCAUGGAACGUUCAAAUCGUUGUCCAAGAGCCCACAUUGACCGUUUAUUGGUACGAUGAAGUGGCGGACAGGGUCUACUCGGUGACCAUGUACGACGACGAGAGUUUCCGUACGCUUAUGUACCACUGCUUCGGAGGGAGUGGCGACGGCGCUAUCUCGCAGGGCGUUGUUAGCUCGCAGAGCACCAGGCCGUCCUGGCGCCACGCCUGUGGCGUCAUCGUUGCAUACCUCGUCGCUCUUUAUCUCUCCUACAAGGCUACUGCUGCUUAUGUCUCGUUCACGAAGUACAUGUAG